AUGGAUGAAGAUGUUGAUUAUGGCUAUGGGGAUGAUAUGUCUGAACCUGAUGAGUUUUCUUGGUCGGAAACUAAGGCUUGCGCUUCCAUGGAAGGUAAAAGUCCUAGUCUUGGUUGUGAGUUUGAGUAUGAUAGCUCUGAUGUGGAUAAUGAUCAUGAGCAUGAAAGUCAAGAACUUGAUGGAAUCCUAGAACCAGAUGAGUGUGAACUCAUGGGUGAAGAUGAUUGUGGUGAUAUCUCUCUAUCUGAUGAAUAUUCUGGUUCUGAAAUUAAUCCCCAAUAUGACCAAUUUGAGCAUGAGAGCUCUAGAGUUUAUUCAAUCUGUGAUUCAUGUGAUGCCCAUGAAAGUGAAAAUGGUCAUGAGAGAGUUCACAAAGUGGUCGCUAUACUCCACAUCGGGAUGAUUCGAGCUCUACCCAUCAUCAAGAUGAUGACGAUGAGCAAGAAAGCCAUGAUCUUGAAGCUUCACUCUGCCCUGCAAGUCCAGAGCCGUGGUCUCCACCAAGACAUGCUUUCUAUUUUGACUGCAAGCUGUGCUUGA